CAACUCUGGAAUGAUGGGAGCCAUGAUUCUACUGGGCAAUGUCUCUGGUGCUCUGGCUGGAACCACAUUCACUCGCAUAGGUGUACUGACAAUCUACGCAAUCAUGAUUGGGAUUGUGGUUACGUCAGUCCUCAUAACUGUGUUUAGCAUCACGGAGACGUACGUCAAACAGACUGAGCUAGAACCUUUAAGCUUUAAAGUUGUAUUCAUAGGCUUUUGGAAACCUUUGAAAGAUCAUGAUUUUAGAUGGGUCUUCAUAACGCGGUUCUUGAUGCAGCAAGGUGUUGCCACCAUCACAGGUUUCCUGGAGUACUGGUUAAAUGAUAUGGUAGCCCUCCCGUACUGCUGGACGGCUGCUACCCUCGGUAGCACUGCUACUCCUGCCACUGCUCUUUGCUGCUGCCAUCAGGUACUAGCCACUAGCUCUACUGCUGGGUACUGGGAUCAGCUGAGUCAGAAAUAG